AUGCAGUUUAAGCGAAUUGUCCAGUAUGUCUUCCACGAGCGCGAUGACCGUUGGAGAGGCAUCAUCCGCUAUGGGCCACUACUCCUCAUUCCAAUCUCCAUAUCCGUUAUCCUCCUCUGGAUCUUCAGCACCGCCUCCCUCGUCUACAGCGCCACGAUUGGCAUGGAAGAGAACUGCUACAACUGCACCUACGGCGCCUGCGCAGGCCGGAUAUCCUGCUACCCCGUCGCGAUCACACCCGGGUAUUGGGAUAGCGCAGCAGAGGGCGCCUCCGAAGUCUUCGCCCGCAUCUCCAUACUCAUAGUCGAAACUGUCCACCUCCCCCUUCACCUCUGGGCUUACUUCCGCUCCCGCCUGCACCCCGUCUGGGCUCUGUGCCUCUCCAUUGCCCUAGUGGGCGGCUGGCUCUGCCAAGCGAUGUUCGCUUGGGGAAGGGACGACAUCGGCGGCGCUUACAAUACGGCGGUGUGGGAUGGACUCGCCACUUUUAGAGCCGUGCUGGGGUUCGGCGUCGCCAUCGUAUAUUUCGUGUAUAUGGGGUUUGCCGCGCAUGCUGUUAAGCUGUGGAGGAAGGCGAACAAGCGGAGGGCUAAUGAACGGGAGGAGGAGUGGAGGACGACCAUGGGAACCGGGAGGGGAGGGAGUGAGGAGGCUAGAGUUGAUAGUAUGGAGCUGCAGAAGCUGUAG